AUAUUUCCCGCCCCAGACGCCACUUCUGCGCUGCCCUUUCCUUUCCAUUCGAGCAAAAGCAAUCACGCUUCUUCACACUCUUAAUGUUUUGGGUUUAGGUUUAGGGUAUUAUCAGGAUUCAGUCGUUCCGAUCAGUCGUUCGGAGCUUCACCAUCCUCUACAUCACUGACAUUUGUAGGGUUAGGGUUUUUAGCUCAAGAGACUUAUGGCGACCCCCGCAGUUCAACAGCCGCGUUCCGUCUCAUCGAAAACGGAGAGCUACGUCGAUAACAAGCGCAAGGAAGACAUCCGCCUAGCCAACAUCGCCGCAGCCCGUGCCGUCGCCGAUGCCGUCAGAACCAGCCUUGGCCCCAAAGGUAUGGAUAAGAUGAUCUCCACAGCCUCCGGCGAAGUCAUCAUUACCAACGACGGCGCCACCAUCCUUAACAAGAUGGAAGUCCUUCAACCCGCGGCCAAAAUGCUUGUCGAGCUCUCUAAGUCCCAAGACAUUGUCGCUGGAGACGGCACCACCACUGUAGUUGUCAUCGCUGGUGCCCUUCUGAAGCAAUGCCAAUCUCUCCUCAGUAAUGGCAUCCACCCAACCGUCAUCUCAGAUGCCCUCCACAAAGCCUCUCAAAAGGCCGUCGAUGUGCUCACCGCUAUGGCCGUCCCUGUGGAGCUGACUGAUCGCGAUUCGCUUGUCAAGUCCGCCAGCACUUCUCUUAAUAGCAAAGUCGUUAGUCAGUACUCAACUCUUCUCGCUCCUCUUGCGGUCGAUGCUGUCCUCUCGGUCGUGGACCCUGCCAAGCCUGAUCUCGUCGAUCUCCGUGACGUCAAGAUCGUUAAGAAGCUCGGCGGCACUGUCGACGACACGGAGCUUGUUAAGGGUUUGGUGUUUGACAAGAAGGUUAGCCAUACUGCUGGUGGCCUUACUCGUGUCGAGAACGCUAAGAUCGCUGUUAUCCAGUUCCAGAUAUCGCCGCCGAAGACGGACAUCGAACAGAGCAUUGUUGUCUCGGAUUACACCCAGAUGGAUCGGAUUUUGAAGGAAGAACGCAAUUAUAUUCUGGGAAUGAUUAAGAAAAUUAAGGCUACUGGGUGUAACGUUCUACUGAUUCAAAAGAGUAUUUUGAGGGAUGCUGUGACGGAUCUGUCUUUGCAUUAUCUUGCCAAGGCGAAGAUUUUGGUGGUGAAGGAUGUUGAGCGUGAUGAAAUUGAGUUCAUUACCAAGACUUUGAAUUGCCUGCCGAUUGCAAAUAUCGAGCAUUUCCGUGCGGAGAAGUUAGGACAUGCAGAUUGUGUGGAGGAAGUUUCGCUGGGAGAUGGGGGGAAAAUUGUCAAGAUUACUGGUAUUAAGGAUAUAGGUAGGACGACGAAUGUGCUUGUUCGGGGUUCUAAUCAGUUGGUUCUUGACGAAGCCGAAAGGAGCUUGCAUGAUGCCUUGUGUGUUGUUAGAUGUUUGGUAAACAAGAGGUUCCUGAUAGCUGGUGGUGGUGCGCCCGAGAUAGAGCUGUCACGACAGCUUGGUGCCUGGGCUAAGGUCUUGCAGGGGAUGGAGAGUUAUUGUGUCCGUUCAUUCGCAGAGGCUCUGGAAGUUAUUCCAUAUACUUUAGCCGAGAAUGCAGGUUUGAACCCAAUAGUUAUUGUUACAGAACUCCGGAACCGUCAUGCGCAAGGAGAGAUCAAUGCGGGCAUCAAUGUGAGGAAGGGACAGAUCACUAACAUACUGGAGGAAAAUGUUGUGCAGCCACUGCUUGUGAGCACUAGUGCAAUCACAUUGGCAACUGAGUGUGUGCGUAUGAUUCUGAAGAUUGAUGACAUAAUUACAGUGAGGUAGUCUUGCUUAGAACACUCUGCCAUGAAACAUUGAGAAUGUUUUGGUUAUGUUGAACAUUUAUUUACCACCCUCACAAGGUUAGUGGCUUUAUUGUCAUCUUUGGAAGUGAUUUCAGAACAGUUAAUGCUUUGAUUUUUUCUGGUGUUGUUUCAUCUAGGUUUUACAGAACUUUGGCUCUAAUGCAUAAGAAUUUUGUUAGUCUUUA